AUGAAUGCACCCCCGCGCGCCCUAGCCAAAUAUGUGGUCGAGUACAGGCAGAUGGUACCAUCAGCACGAAUUAUCUUCGUCAGAAGCUCAUCAAGUGACUUCAUCUGGCACCUGGGGGCCCAGGCCCGGCGAGCCCGCAUCGCCCCAGCCGUGGAAGCAAUGCGCGGUCUGGUGACCCCUGAGAAUCCAGUAUUUGUGCACUUCUUCUCGAAUGGAGGCAUGUCCAGCACGAUACACCUAUUACAAGCCUGGAUAAAUACGACAGGGGUCCCAUUACCCUUGUCGGCAAUGAUCAUAGAUAGUGCACCAGGCAGUCCGAGCCUACGAGCGGAAUUCAAGGCUUUCUCAUUUGCGCUUCCGCGGAUGUGGAUCUUGCGGCUACUUGGAAAAGGCUUCCUUUUUGUUUUAUUGGUUCUCUUCAAGUUGAUCUAUUCCUUUUCCCCGUUUCCAGAUCCCAUCUCCUUUGCCCGAGAGCUCAUCAAUGAUACCUCUUUGGUUCAAGCCGCUAACCCGGACGGGACUCUCAAUCGUUGCUAUAUCUACUCGGAUACGGAUGAAUUAGUGGACUGGCGCGAGGUGGAAUCUCAUGCGGCAGAUACCGAAACUGAGGGUUGGGUGGUGCGCCGUGAAGUGUUUAAGAACACCGCUCACGUUGGACAUAUGCGAGCGGAGUCGGAUCGGUAUUGGAGCAUUGUUAAAGACUACUUGGGAGCUUUGGUUUUGCUUUGA